AUGGCGAUCAGGGUGUGCUGUGCUUACAGAGCGGCUUACUUUCAUGCGGCAAUGAUAGUUGCGGGGGUCAUUCCCCUUGAUCAUCUUGCGCCACGGCUGGCGGAGGCUUAUGCGGCCCUUAGGGGUGCAGAAGGACCAGUCCUUCCGGGCAUCACGGCGGCGUUUGGUUUCUUCGCGAGAUGGGGUGCGGUUGUUGCAUGGAGGGAAGAGAAGUUAGGUCUGGUUUGUGUUCCUGGGGAGACGGGGGUUCGCGUGAGGGCAGCCAUUGCUGAUAAGUUGGUUGAGUGGGCUGAGAGGCUGUUCUCUAUCGGCACGACCUUUCACACCACUCAGCUGAUGACCGGUCAUGGCUGUUUUCCGGCGUACCUAUAUAGAAUAUGUAGAGCUGCAUCUCCGCGAUGUUUUUAUUGCGGGGUUGAUGAGGACGACGCAGAUCACACCCUGAUCGUCUGCUUGGCAGUAGCCUGUGCAGGUGCAUUUGCAACUGCAUCAGCAUGUGCAGUUACAGCUGCAGUUGAACUUGCAGUUACAAUAGCCUGUGCAGUAUCAGUAGCAUGUAUAGUUGCUGUAGCUUGUAAAGUAGCAGUUGCAGUUGUAUUUGCAGUUUGUGUGCAAAUUGCAGUUAAAGUUAAAGUUUCAGUUGCAGUGACAUGUGCAGCUACAUUUGCAAUUACAUGUGCCCUUGCCACAGCAGUUACAUAUGGAUUUGCUUUUAAAAUGUAA